UUGGCAUUUUCCUAUAUGAACUCAUUUAAAAUCACCGCGCGCCCGAGGCGGAGGCCACUCAAUUUCCAGACCGAAGCGAAGGAGACGAAACGGACGAUGGCUGAGUCUCACAAUGAGCCGCUCAUCCCGCAUCCCGGGGAGCAAACUAUCAUCGGCAUGAGCGACCCCGAGAGAGACUCCAAUCGGAAGGCGUUCAAGGUGGCGGGCUUCACCGUGCUGGCCUGCCUGCUCAUCGCCGGCCAGGCUCUCACCGCUUACUUCGUCCUGAGCCAGAAGAGCAGGCUGGGCGACAUCGAGCAGAGCAACGAGGCCCUGAGAAAGCAGCUGCUUCACCAGACUGGAGGAUCUUCUGGAACCAAGAGGAUCAAUGUUCCCAUUCACAGCAUGCCCGGGAUGGUGUACGAUGACGUGAAGCCUGACAGCGACAAAGGCCCUUCCCUCAAUCCCAUGACAGGAUUCAAGUGUAAGAACAGCUCCUCCAACCUGCCGGGUUUCCAGCCUGUUUGUGAUGAAGAGGGUAAUUAUCGCCCCAUGCAGUGCUGGAUGGACGUGUGCUGGUGCGUGGACAGCAAUGGCACUGAAAUUGCCGACUCUAGGACAACGGGGAGAGCACAGUGUGGAGAAGCGCAAGGCCCACGUGACGUAAGGGACAUAUCCAGCAUGGAAGAACUGUCUGAUCAGUAAAAAUUGCCAUGCUGUGACAGAAAGAGGCAAAUCCACUGUUAUCAUCUGCAGCUAAGAUCUUUAUCCUGAAGCAAAAAUUAAUCGACUGAGAUCAGCGCUUUAAGCAUGUUUGACCUUUCUGGUGGAAGACAUUUUCAAGUUCUUGCAAGAGUACUAACUUCUACUUGGUAGAUUUUGUAAUUAAAAUCUGACCGGAACUUUUUUGGAAACUUUUUUUCUGGUAUAGCAUCGCUGACUUGAUCUGAAGUAGAUAUAGGCAGUGUGGGUAAUUUUUUGCAUGUGACUCUCAAUUGGCUGAUGCUAAGUGAGUUUUUAAUUCGACAUUCCAUCCAAAAAUUUAUUGGGAUUUUUUUGUUCUGUUUUUAUAAUGAUAAGAACUGUUUUAUGCACUUUCUAAGGCCGUAAUUUUGUGAUAAUGUCAAUUAUCAAUGAUAUGAGAAACUGUAAGUGUGAAAAGCCCAACAAUUAAAUAAACUUCUAAGCUUUUUCUAACAGAGUAAA